AUCAUCUCCAACUUACUGGCUUAAAACAAAAACGUGACUGUGUUUAGCAACAAGGGUGGAGAAUUUUCCAAAUAUAUAACAUGGUGGCAAUCAGCAUGGUUUAUUCAGAAAGUAUCUACUGAACAUCCAGCAACCAACUGGUUCUAACAUGGAGGCUUUCAUUUUCCUCCCCUUCAUGUUCUUGGCCAUGUUCUCAGUUAUCAUUCCAGUAUCUUCAACCCAGCCUUUGAAGACAAGUGUUUUUAAAGUAGGAGACAGUCCAGAACCUGCACUUAUUCUAGAGAGAGAAAAUGAAGCUAAUCAGCAAGGAGGACAAAAAGAACCUAAAAGGGAAACAAGAAGCAACACCCAAGGAAAACCAGGGCCACUCAUUCUGCAAGGACAACCAGGGUAUUCUAAUCAGCCAGGAAAACCAGAAAAUUUUAAACAGAAAGGGAGGCCAGGAGUUUUCAAUCAGCCUGGGAGUCUGCAAGGGAAUUCAGGACUAUCGAACCAAAAAGGGAAUCCAGAAGCUUCUAAUGAGCAAGGAAAACCAGGAUCGUUUAGCCUGCAAGGGAAGCCAGGGUCAUCUAGCCAGCCAGGGAAGCCAGGGUCGUCUAGCCAGCAAGGAGAGCCAGGGUCGUCUAGCCAGCCAGGGAAGCCAGGGUCGUCUAGCCAGCCAGGGGAGCCAGGGUCGUCUAGCCAUCAAGGGAAGCCAGGGUCAUCUAGCCAAAAAGGAAAGACAGGAUUGUCUAGGCAACAGAGAGAAUCAAAGUCUUUUUAUAAUCAAGAAGAAAGAAAAACUGGAGUCAACCCUUUGAAUGACAAUACAAUGGAGAUUCAGACUGGCCGUACUACCAACAAGAACCCAACCGGAAAAACAAAAUGUCAAUCUAAAUAUGAACCAGUCUGUGGUUCUGAUGGAAAAACUUAUGGCAACCGCUGUGCAUUCAAUGAAGCAAAAAGGUUGAGUAAUGGAAAACUGAGUCUGAACCAUGAGGGGAAAUGUUAAGCAUUUGUUACAACCAACUACCUGGAACCUCAGAAUCCACU